CACACACACAUACACACACACUCCUCCUCUUCUCUGAAGGUGGGUAGCAGGAGCCAUGCAACAUCUGCAGAACCGGAUGGCAAAAGAGCAGGAGGAAAAAUAAUCCGAGUGGAGCGCUCAGGGGACACUGAGUUCUUUUUUUCUUUUUCUUUUUUUAUUUUUUCUUCUUCUCCUUCUUCUGCAUACCUGUGAGAUUCGAUUUCACAUUUUGCUGAGCCCAUUUUGAGGCAUUUUAUUUUUCUUUCUCUUGGGAUUUUCUCCAUUGCCAGAGGAUGUCUCUCGUUGAGAGGAUGCUGAAAGGAAGAAGAAACGAAUUCUUUGACUGGCACUGAAGGAGGGGGGGGAUAUUUUUCCCCCACAUUUUUUUUUUCAUUAUUCCUUUUCUCUAGGAAAUCAUUAACUGGGGGGGGUUGGUUUCUUUUUUCCCUCCCCCCCUUUUUUUGGAGGGGGAUUUCAGAAGAUCCAUCGUUCUUUCCCCUCCCCUCCAAAGAUUUUUUUUUCAUCCUUCGUCUUUGUGGAAAUGUGGACAUUUCAGGCAGACAGAUUGAGUGGAAUUGUCUCUGCUUUAGCAGCUCUUUGUCUCGCCUGCUGUGCGCAAAGCCCAUCCACUGGGAAUAUUUCUGUGGUGAAAGAGAUUGUGGACAAACUGCUGAAGGGCUAUGACGUCCGCCUCAGGCCUGACUUUGGAGGUAACCCUGUCACAGUGGGAAUGAGCAUCCAUAUCUCCAGCAUUGACCAGAUCUCUGAAGUCAACAUG